AGGAGCCGCGCCCCGCCCCGCGCGGCCGCAGCCAACGCCGGCCCGCGGCGGGCGCUCUAGGAGCUGAGGCCGGCAGCCGGCAGCCGGGCGAGGGCGCCGAGAGGCCAGGCGGGCGCGGACGCCGCAGGCACAGAGGCAAGUCAUCCAGCUGAAAAUGUUAUUAUAAUAAAAAGUAGAUGAAUGGCAUGACCCUAGAAGGUGGCGACAUGAAGGGAUGUUCCCUCUUUGAAGAAAAUUGCUAACUUAUUUAAGGCAGAAAAUCCAAGGCCAGACAGCCCCAGGCUUUCUCUGCGCAGCUUUGUGAGAUCCACUGAUCAUUCAGGAGCAUAUUGUUUGGUCUCCAUGUGUGAGCAUAUGUUCUAUAGAUUCCUGAGUUGCUGAUUUCCAACUUCAUUGCAUUGUGAUCUGAGAAGAUACUUGGCUGGUUACAUUGGGCAUAAACAUCUGCACAUACCAGAGAGAAGCCUGCCAGCCAACUCUUUUUAAGAUAUAUGGGUUUGGCCUGUUCAGGACACAAGGUCAGGAUGCUGCUCCUGUGCCACGCUCUGGCUGUAGCUGUUGUCCAGGUCUUUACCUUCUCAGAACAUGGGGUGUUUGCCAAGAACAUCAACUUCUAUAAUGUGAGGCCUCCUGUUGACCCUACACCGUUUCCAAACAGCUUCAAGUGUUUUACCUGUGAAAAUGCAGGAGAUAAUUAUAACUGCAAUAGAUGGGCAGAAGACAAAUGGUGUCCACAAAAUACACAGUACUGUUUGACAGUUCACCACUUCACCAGCCAUGGAAGAAGUACUUCCAUCACCAAGAAAUGUGCCUCCAGGAGUGAAUGUCACUUUGUUGGCUGUCGCCACAACCGAGAUUCUGAACACACGGAGUGUAGGUCUUGCUGUGAAGGAAUGAUCUGCAAUGUGGAAUUGCCCACCAACCACACUAAUGCAGUCUUCGCCGUGAUGCACGCCCAGAGGACGUCCGGCAGCAGUGCCUGCACACCCUACCUGCCAGCGCUUGCCUGGCUCUUCCUGCUUCCCUUGCUCUGAGACCGUCAUUCCUGGGAGAGGCAGAGAGCAGCCCUCUGAAGCACAAACCAAAAAUGUUGUGAACCGAGGAGUGAAGAUCGAUCUUGCACUUGGUGAUGAGGGCACAUGGACCCCAACACGAAAGCCAGAGGUGUGAUCCAUUAAGAUGCUCCCAUUUGAGGCAUGCAUUGAGGAUGGGACUGUUUGACCUCCAGCCUUUCUGGUCACAGGGGCUGUCUCUGUCAGUUCUGCCGGAGAAUCCUGCCAGCAUCUCUGACAGGUUUCAGUAGCCUGACUCUUCCCUGCCUUCCAGGCCUGUCGCUGAAAGGACUUCUUGACCUCAUGGACUCACUGAGAAGCUACUGGGUCAGACUCUCUUGUUUCUGCGAUUAGCUUGGAGUCUCUGUGAAACCUAACCCUUGCCCCCAGGAGAAAGCAGCUAACCUGCUGACAGAAGAGUCAGUAAGAAAGGCACCUGUAGGAGGAAAACUUCCAACUGAACGAAUAUGAAAUCUGUUUGUAAUUGUGUGUGCAUGUGGGGGGGGGGGAAGGGAAUAAAGCUCUUAAAUUAUACAGUAUAAAAAUGUACUCU